AUAUCCGGUGUCUCGUGUCAACAGAUUGCUUGAGUCACCAGAGACAGUUAUCUAUGAAAUUGUAGUGAUUUUUGUGUUUCUUUGUCAAUAUUUUGACAUGAUGUUAUGUAGAUAUCAUACCUAAGGCUUCAUAUCUUACACUGUAUACAUUUAUCGCAUUUUAUUUUGAAAUAUGGGCCUACUGUUCUCAAGACUCUGGAAUCUUUUCACAAACGAAGAACACAAAGUGAUUAUUGUGGGCCUAGAUAAUGCAGGAAAGACGACUAUCUUAUAUCAAUUUUUAAUGAACGAGGUUGUACACACAUCUCCUACCAUUGGCAGCAAUGUGGAGGAAGUGGUAUGGAAGAAUAUCCACUUCCUCAUGUGGGACAUUGGUGGGCAGGAAACCCUCCGAUCUUCGUGGAACACAUACUAUACUAAUGCCCAGUUUGUAAUACUGGUGAUUGACAGUACAGAUAGAGAAAGGUUGUCAAUUACCAAGGAAGAACUCUACAAAAUGCUCAAUCAUGAUGAUCUGAGAAAGGCAGCUGUGCUAGUAUUUGCUAACAAACAAGACAUCAAGGGCUCAAUGUCUGCAGCUGAGAUAUCCCAACACUUGAACCUGACCUCUGUCAAGGACCAUGCCUGGCAUAUACAGGCUUGCUGUGCUCUAACUGGAGAGGGACUCUACCAAGGCUUAGAAUGGUUAUCAAGCAAUCUAAAAAGAAGAUGAUGAAGACUGCUUAGGAAAUUGAUUUAGUGACAACAGUAUUUCAUAUGGUGCACUGUAGGAUUUAAUGGUGCAGGAAUGGAAUGGCUAUCAUUACAACUCCUGAGCUGACAGUAGUGCCCAUUGGUUUAUACCAAUCCAGGUUGACCAGCCAUGUUCCACCAUUGCCAGGAAUGUUUACACAUUACCAUGACUUCUGAAAUGCUGAUCAAAAUGUAAAGGACAGGGAACUUGUUAAUCACAGUAUUAGCCAGUCUGGCCCAGAUGCCAAAAGCCAUGGCACAUCAUCUUUCUGUCAACCUUUUCUGAGUUCUUCACAUUGUCUGUCCGUCCGUAUAGAUUUUUAUCCCCACACAACAAAAUCGGGAAGGGGAUAUAUUAUGAGUAUACCUCAAACGAGUUCAUGUUUUGGGUACCAAGGUCAAGAGCAAGGUCAUCCAUGCUAUUUCAAGAAAAUCUUUGUCAGAGCUCAGGCAAUUUCAUUUCAUGCCAAAUUUCAGAUUUCGAUAAAACUUCACACAAUGGUCAAUUAGGAGAAUACCUUGUUCAAGUUCAUAUUUCAAGAUGCCAAUGUCAAGGUCAACAUUAACGUUGCAGUUUAUAUACGGCUUACAUCAUAGCAGAAUAUUUAAGUGGGUAUACUGGGCACAUGAGUGAUUGGACAAAUUGUGUAAACGUGUAACAUACAAAAAGUGCUAAAGGAUUGUAUGUGGUAGAGACAUAUGUGCUACAAAGGAUGUUUUCACAUAUAAUUGAAGUAUUAAACUAAGAGUGAAAGAGUUUCUGUCCAGAUGAUUUUGUUAAUUAUGACACAUUGGGUACAGAGGCUAGAUUUCAUUUUAAGUUUUGGAAAAAUUAUUUGUUAAAACUUCAGAUUCAUUGUUUGUAUGAAAUAAGUAGGCCUUGGCCAUUUAACUGAAGUUACAUAAAUAAAAAAAUAAAAAAAUUCCCCCUGUGAUUGAGACUAAGGCAUAAUCAGCAUCAGGGUAUAUAAUACUAAUGUUAAGAUGUUGAGCCUACAAAGUAUAUCACUUAAAAUUUUGUAAUAGAUAGAUCAUAUUGUGGACAAAUUGAUCAGGCCAGUUUGAAUUACUCUGGUGGAUUACAUUUUUUUUUUAAAUUUUACAUAUGAACAGGGAGAGAACUGUGACAGGACAACAAGACACACUAACUCUAAGGACAUUGUUUCCUGUUGUUUAUUGAGGGGGUGAGAUAGAAUGGAUUCCUGUUGUUUAUUGAGGGGGUGAGAUAGAAUGGAUUCCUGUUGUUUAUUGAGGGGGUGAGAUAGAAUGGAUUCCUGUUGUUUAUUGAGGGGGUGAGAUAGAAUGGAUUCCUGUUGUUUAUUGAGGGGGUGAGAUAGAAUGGAAUCCUGUUGUUUAUUGAGGGGGUGAGAUAGAAUGGAUUCCUGUUGUUUAUUGAGGGGGUGAGAUGGAAUGGACCUAAGUGAUAAAUCAGGAUGUAAGGUCUACUAAGCAGGAGAUAUCACUCAAUGUGAAAUUUUGAAGAAAAAACCCCCAAAAAACAGGAGUGAUUUAGGCCCCAUCGGCCAUUUUCCUUAUGAGAACAAUAUCAAACAUGUAUAUGUCUGUGUCAUGGACUGUGAGCUUAUUUUGAACAGAAAAUAUGAUAUUUGAUAAAUGUGUUCUGUUAUUUUUCUUGUAAACUAUUUGACUGAAUAUUGCCAAAACUUUUGAAUGUUAUCAUCCAUAUCUUGUAUAUUUUAUAUUAUUGUAAAUGCAUGAGAGAAUGACACUGAAUCCAUAUCUAUAUUAAGCUUAGAUAGCACCAGGGUAUUUGGAAUGAAUGAGUUGGUUAUAUACUGCGUGUGUGCGUGAAUGAGUUGAUGUGUAUGCUUAAAUGCUGCCUGAGGGGAGUUGAUCAAAUACAACGCUAAAUUUUACAGUUCGUAAUCAGGGAUGACUUUUUUUUGAGAGUGUAAAUGUUGUAUGAUUAAUGUAAGAAUUAAAGGGGCAUUCCGUUGUUUGAACGGCAGAUUUGAGUUAAACAAUAAUUUAUAAGCUUACACUCAUUUUUGUAACUAACUGUGAUAAAAUAAAUCUAUUUGUACAGAAUAUUCCUACAAACUCUGCUGAUGUGAAUCUGCACUGGAGUAUUCAGUCACGCGACCUCCGCUUCAUUUAGAUAUCAUGUGACAUCACAGACAACAGCAGACAGAUCACAGCAUGGAGAGUGAUGUAAAUAUGAAGGAAAUGGCAACAGAUUUAUUACCUACAUAAGACAUUAUGCUUGUUAAAUCAUUGAUUGUGGUUCGAUCAAAAUAGAUAGUUUUAUUAGUUUAAUUGUCCCAUAUAUGUCAACAUGGUAGAAAACUUUGAGCAUAACUUUAUUGAACCAGCUAGCUAGCUGUCAGGCUGUCGAGUCAAGUAUCCCGCCGAGGUAAUAGACUCGUGUGACGCAGCCUCCUUUGCUCUCUACAAUCUUUAAAUGUAGUUUCCGAUAUUUAUACAACUUAUUGAAAUGUUGCUAUCUUGUCGUGUCCUCAUUUUUUUGCUGGUUCUGUUUUCAGUGACUCAUUAGCCGAUCAUGAUCACUACCUCGGGUAGCAUUGUCCUUCAUCUUCUUUUUUCUUGAUAGCCUUUGGCGGCGAAUAAUUUUCACACUCUUGGUUGAAAUUACAUUCUCAAAAAAAAACUGAAAUUUAAGAACUUUGAGUUAUCUUCGAAUUUUGAUUAUUGUAUAUUAGUUCAGUUAAUAACUUUUACUGGUUAAGAAAUAUACAAGAUUCUGGUUUACUUUUAUUUUCAUACCAUACACUUUUUUAUUUCAACAACGGAAUGACCCUUUAUGUAUUUUUUUGUCAUUUUUGAAUUAUUUAGGACUGAUUUGUAAAAAUAGAAAGUGAAACUUUGUACACGUCACUUGUACAUGAAAUACUACUUAUGAAACUACGUUACAGAAUAGUAACUCCACCCAGGAAAAAUGAGGUUAUUUAUAGGGUACCCACCUUAGAACUAAUUCAACAAGUUCUGGACUGAAAACCCACAUACUAGAGUAAUUCUGGGUUUGUGUUGAGAUUUUACUGAAAUAAGUGUGAAAUAUUUAUUUUGCAGUUUUUAUUGCAAGUGUCUUUAAACAGCAGAAAAUGGUUUAUCAGAAUUAUUCAUUAAAUGUUGUGUUGUUAGAAUGUAUAGACUGGAAGUAAGUAUUAAUAGUUGUCACCUGAAUUCUGUCACGGACUUAACAACUGCACAAUAAAUAUCUUUAUAAUAAAUGAUAAUGUUAAAAUUAUCAUACUCAGUUACAUGUAUGUAUAACAAUAGUUUUACCUUGUUUGCUGCUGUUGACAGGGAAGAAUGAGAAUGUUCUUUGGAAAUCAUGAUUGAAUGUGCAAACUGAGCCUCUUUUUUCAUGUUAGGAAAAUAGGCACCCAGUUUGAAAAAUACAUUGGACAUUUAAGAAAUUUAUCUGCCUUUUUUAUUUAAUAUUCAAAGUUGGACUUGCCAAUGGUGGUCUGUUUUCUUCAGCCAUACUGCUAGGUUAAUAUGAUUUGCUUUUGCUGGAAAAUAUUAUGUUAAUUUGACCUGAAGGAUCACCAUGGCCUAUAGUGAUCAUGUUUCUUCUGUCGUCGUCAGCCGUGCGUAAAUAUUUCACAUUUCAAGCUUCUAAAGAUCCACCACUGGUAUUCAACUAGAACUUGUCUUAAAUGAUUUUCAGAUUGCCCUGACAAAGUGGAAUUUUUUGGGAUCGGUCCGAAAUCAAAGUUGGCCGUCGUAGCUGCCAUCUUGGAAAAAAGAUCUUAAACUAAUAAAAUUCUAUUGGUGCCAUUGAGCUGAAAAUUGAAAGGGGUGUUAAGGGAGGAGAGCCAACAAAGUAUUGUAAUUUUUUUGAUCUGGUGGAAACCUGGACAAGACAGUCACGGCGGCAUUUUUGUAACAUGUUUAAACACUUCAACAUGGCACUCACGGUGGCCAUUUUAUAGCAUGACUGCGCGAUCAUGGUUUUCCUGAAAACAUGCAUAUAUUUCGAACUUUUCAAAUUUCACAAUUGGAAUUUAGCUCUGACGUUCCUGAAAUGCUACUGAGAUUGCUCUGACCAAGUGCUGUUAUUUUUCAGGUCGGUCCAAAUAAGAUAAAGUGAAAUAAAAUAGGUUAGUUAAAAAAGAUUGGGAAUUACUGCAAAAUCAUCAAUAUUUAUACAUUCUGAGAAUAGGCCAGAACAUUCAGACAAUAAAGAUACAUUCUUCAAACUGUGAUCUUUCUGCGUCAAGGGUUAGGGUUAACCCUCAAAGUAGCGAUAGGGGAUACAUAUUCAUGUUCUACAGAAUUCUUGAGACUUGACAUCUAUGUAUUUGUCACACGAAUCAAUUUAUUUCAAAUUAUUGGAGUCCCUUCUUGCUUAUUAAGACAAUCCAAUAAUAGCAACUAUUUACUAAAAAAAAA